UGACGUAUUAAAAAAGUCUCUGAGACGUAUCGUGAGGAACUAGUGCGAGUUUUUAGGAUGAUUAUUGUCGAGUGAAACUAUCAACUUGUGUAAUUUUUCAGCAUUGAAUUUGGUGAAAUUUGAAAGGAACUGCAUUGAGAUCUGAAUUUACCAAGGUGUUUUUUCGAGUAAGGUAAGUCUAGAUUUAGUGAACGGAGAUGGGUGACAAAGGUGGAACCAGCACAGCCGUGGCACAACCAAUGGCAGCGCAGCAGUCACAACCGGCACAGGCCCAGCAGGCCGCUCAGCAAGGCUGGAUGUACAAUUACCCGUCAGGAAUGUACAACGCAGCUUAUCAUGCGCAAUACGCGCAGUACUACAACCAAUACUACCUCCAGCAAUACGCUCACAUGCAGCAACAACAGCAACAGCAAAAUCAAUCGCAAGGGAACGCGAUCCCCGGCACGACGGCGUCAGUCAAUGCCCCGCCCGGUUUCAGUAAUGCUGUUAUCCUGAAACCCGACGAAGGUCAAGGGAAUAAUACAGAUGGUAUGCCCCCGUUACCGCAGGGUCCACCGCCGAACAGUUCGCCAAGUGGUAUGGGCAACUUUCUGCAAAGACCUGCUUUCUUUCCGCAACAGCAAAAUGCAAGCACUCCGAAAAAUCAAUUUGGUGGCAUUCGAUUCAAUUUAAAUCAGCAGAAGCGUUUGAGUGCGCCCAAUCCACUCCUCAAUUCUCCCAACAACAGUCUUCCAAAUGCAGGGAAUGUGAUGGCUAACGGGAACAAUGGAGUUGUUGGUGCCGGGGGCGGCGGCGGUGGUGGCGGUAAGAAGAAACGUAAGCGAAAUAAGAACAAGCAAAAUCAGCAGCAGCAGCAGCAACAACAACAGCAGCAGGCAAAGAACCAACAUCAGAACAACAACAACAGCAACAAUUUAUUCAACACGAGUAUCCCUCCCCCCAUCAUCACUCCCGACCUCUCCAAACCUCCUCCGCCGAUCCCAGCGUACGAGUCUCUAUCACAAUCCCAGUCUUUUGCACAAAACAACUCCCAGAACAGCCCUUCCAUGAACCAUAGUCAACAACAGGACCAACAGCAACAACAACAGCAGCAAUCGACAUUUAAAAAGCCAAAUCCCUUCAAUAACCCGACUGAUGCGUGGCCCGAGAGCCUUAACAACUAUGUGGCGCGGUGCUAUGCCAAAUGUGAAACGGAUUUGGAUAAAGAUCAAAUUGAUAUUUGUCUAAAGGGAAAGAUUACGGCAGCGGCGAACAAAGGUGAAUUGUGGACCCGUGAUUGGGACAAUGAACCGAUUCCAAGCGUUCAUAGCGAGCGCAGCGCUCUCGUCCCCAAGGCGCCUUCAAUUGGGUAUUUGGCACAAUAUCAGAAUAUCAUAAUGAAUAAUAAUCGUGGGAAGAAAGGACUGUCUAAGAGUAUGAAUGCACGACUGGGACAGCGAGCUUCUUCGAGAAGAUCUACAGAUAAUAGCCGGUCGAGAUCACGGUCUCCCGUUUCCAGCAAGUAUUCCUCGUCUAGACGCCGAACGCGAUCUCGAAGCAGUUCAAGCAGUCCCCGACGUAAAAGUCGUCGUCACUCCUCUUCUAGUUCUUCUAGCCGCGAAGAUGAAAAUGACUUCAUCCCGCUUGAAUCGUCUUCUUUCAAGAAAUCUAAAAACAUUCAAAAAAAUAAGAAACAACCAAACAAAAAAGCAGCUUUCUAUGCCUCCUCAAUUGGUGGAGCCGUAGAAGGUGAUUCGGCGCGCCUACAACAACGUGCAGCACGUUUCAGUCAGAACAAUUCAAAGAAAUCCGUUGUUUCGGUAGCGAGUCCAUUGAAUAAGAACAAGAAAAAGCAACAGCCACGAUUCUUUGUUGAUGAAUCGGCUGUCGAUUGUAAUUUGGACUUGAGUGAUUUUCAUAUUGUUGGUACAUGUAGGAAUUUGGAAAAAUCUUUCUUACGGUUGACCAAAGCUCCGUCACCGUCGGAAGUUCGUCCCGCCGAGGUUUUGGUAUUUUCGUUGCAGAAUGUUAAGAAUAAGUGGGUGGAAAAGCAGGACUAUCAUUAUGCGUGUGAUCAGUUGAAAUCGAUAAGACAGGAUUUAACGGUACAAGGCAUUCGAGACAAAUUCACUGUGGAAGUUUAUGAAAUUCAUGCCCGCAUUGCGAUGGAAAAAGGCGAUCAUGAAGAGUUCAAUCAGUGUCAGACACAACUGAAAAUGCUCUACUCAGAAAUUGGUGGAGAAAAUAUUUUAGAAUUCACCGCAUAUAGGAUAUUGUAUUAUAUUUUCACGAGGAAUACAUUAGACAUUACAACAGUCCUCCGAUCGCUAACAGCAAAACAAAGAGAAGAUGCUGCAGUAGCGCAUGCCUUAGAAAUACGCUCGGCAUGGGCAUUGGGUAAUUAUUGUAAAUUCUUUAAAUUGUACAAAACAGCUCCUCUGAUGGCUGGAUACCUAAUUGAUUGGUUCGUCGAUCGGGAGCGCAAGGUGGCGCUGAAGAACAUUAUCAAAGCUUAUCGUCCGAAUAUUGGUGUCGAUUUUAUCGCUCGAACAUUGGCUUUCGAUUCAACGGAGAAAUGUAAUGAGUGGCUUUCGUCGUUCAGUUUAGCCUACGUUGGAACAACGAACGAAGUAAUCGAUUGUAAAAAUAGCAUGAAUGCGCUGCCGAACAUUUGAAUGAAUCGUUAAUUAGUUGUGCUUUGAUAAUGAGCACAAAAAUCGCCCCCAAACAAAAAAAAAACGCAUAAAUCGCGGGAUAAAUCCGGUUUCGUCUACCCAAAUGAGAAAUCAUUUAAACCAUAAUUCGUGAAUCAAAACGAAAUAAUGAAAAAGUUGUUGCUGUUGUUGUUGCUGCCACAUGGGAGCCGUUGUAUGCCAUCAAAUGAUUCCAUCACUCGAAACCGAAUUUGUAAAAAAUCAUCGCCAUGACGGGAACAUGCCACAAGAGAAAAUAAUAAGAAAAUAGUACAAAUUAAGAAAUUAGCACUGAGUAAAUCUAGAAAUAUAUUAAGUCUCUGGUUUUGGGGUUCGCAAGUUACGCAAACCUUGAGGGUGUGCGUAUAUGGACUCUUUUUAUACUGGCCACUUGUGCUCCUACUAAGUAGGAGGUAAGUGGUCUUGAUCAAGCGAAAUGAACUUUUACUAUUCAUGUAUAUAAUUUCAUUUUUAUUCACCAUCAAUUUUAUGAUUGGUUUCGCGUCGAGAGUGUGUCGUGUAUAGUUUUAUUUCGUAUGUAAUCGUGCGUAUGUGAGAUUGCCUUCGACAAGGCAUGGACUUUUUUCAAAGUUGAUAUUAUUUUCUAGAGAAAAAUUAGGAAGCUUGCCAAUUUAAGAAUUUCUUCAUCUUGUGGACUAAGUUAUUGAUAUUUGAUCUGGCAUAUUUUUAAGUUUUUGUCGUGUUUAAUGAAUAGACUUCUUGCAAAAUUGGUGCCGUAAAUAGGAAUCGUAAAUUUAAGCGCGAGUGUGAUCGGGUUUAGCUUUUUAAAUUAAUCAUGUUCGGCGAGAGUUUUAAGGUUGUCGGGAAACGCGUGGUCUUUAAAUCGAUAUCGAUUAGUUUCGGGUUCGUGUGGUCAAUGGAGAGGCAGCCGACAGAAAGUCUCAACGGCAGGAUUGGAUCUUCAGCGGAAGGAGUUAGUAGGAUGUGGAUUUUGGUGGUUACUUCAGCGGAGGAUCGAACGAAGCAGCUGUUUUAUAUCAAAUUCGAAUGGAUUUCUCUAAACAAGUUUUUAUUCAUCCUUUUAUGUCAAGCGAAUGGACAUAAAUUGAGGUGUUGCCUUGGUGUCAGAAAAUUAAUGGGAUAGACAAAAAACAAUUGCAAACAAUCUGGAAAGUGUGUAGUGGCUGUUUUCAUGGCCUGGAGGAUCGAUUAUUGCGGAAUAAUUGUGGCAUAAUUUGCGUACCUUAUUCGUGCACCUUAGGCUUAUUCAAGCAAGCACUUUUCGAAGUUGUUUUCAAUGUAGAGGUGAAAUCUUUGCCUCAUGGAGUGACAAAGUCCUUUGCGGAAACAAGCGGAAAUUGGAACGACCAAGGUGACACCGCAGGAAGUACUUGGUGGUGCAAAAUAAUUUUUUGACUUCAGUUAAUCACGAAUAAGCAACUACGCACGCGAUUCAGAGCCACAUAAAAAUAAGUUACACAUUGCGGAAGUCAACGAGUUUUCGGAGAUUGUAAAGCAUUGAAAACAUUAGAGGAAAUGAUCGACCACCAUUUUAAGCUAAUUCAUAAAAUGUCCUUAAAAUCGUUUUCCAAAGGGUGCUCGCAAAGUGAAUUUUAAUUUCAUGUGGAAACAGAGGCACACCAACUACUAUAGCGUCGAAUAUUCAGUUUUGAUUGUAUGGGACGAAAAACACUUCACAGCCUCUUGCAAUUGUAUUCCCCAACAUCCCAAACGAAUAGAAGACACAAUUUUCUAUUCAUUUGAU